AAUAAAUGAUUGCUCCGUGUGCAUUUUGAUACAGUAUUUUAUAACAACCAAGAUGGCGCAGCAGAUGAGUUUUGAUGAGGCUCGGAACAUAUUGAAGAAAUUCCGAGAUGAACAGACACGAGAUUCGGAUUUGGUUGUCAGUCUGUGGGAGGAGGUGAUAAUGGACAAGUGCCACAGACUCGGGGAUGAAGUGUGGCUUGUGUACGAGCAAGUUUGCACCGCUGCCCUAGACUGCCAGAAGUUUGAUAUAGCAGAGGACUGCAUCUCUCUACUAGAUCAGAAAUUCCACCGAAGUUUGAGAGUGAGGCGGUUGCAAGGGAUGAUGUAUGAGGCCCAGUCGGAAUAUGAAAAGGCAGAAGAAGAAUACAAAAAUAUCUUGAAGAUUGAUGAGACAAACAUGUAUGCUCGGAAGCGACAGAUCGCCAUCUUGAAAGCAAGACAGAAAACCUCCGAGGCCAUUCAAAGGUUGAACGAGUACCUGAAAGAGUUUAUGACGGACUACGAGGCGUGGAACGAGCUGUGUGACCUUUACCUGAACCAACACGACUACAACAACGCCGCUUUCUGUCUGGAGGAGCUCAUCAUGUCCAACCCACACAACCAUCUGUUCCACCAGAAGUAUGCCGAGAUCCGCUACACACAGGGCGGCAGCGAGAACAUGGAGCUGGCUCGCACAUACUUCGCCCAGGCUGUCAAGCUCAACACCAACAACCUGAGGGCUCUCUACGGACUCUUCUUGUCUGCUUCCAACCUGGGCAGCAGCUCCAGCAAAGGAGCCAAGGACAAACAGAUGAACCUCAAGUACGCCUCAUGGGCCGCCGAACAGAUACAGAUCAAAUACAAGACCCAACAGCCCGAGUCUCAGCUCAAGGACACCAAGGUCCGGGAGUUCCUGGAGAAACAUCUCGACUCUAUACAGACGUCGUAGUGGAGGGGGCGGAGCUGUGACGUGAUUGACAGGCCGGACACUGGUGACUCCUCCAAACCCAUCCCUCUCCCUCAUGGAGUGGAGUUAUCCGUUAUGUUUGUUUACCAGACUGUUCAGGGUUGUUUGUUUUUACGGUGUCCCUGGUCCGUUGAACGGUUUGCUCGUUUUGUUUGACAUUCUCCCCGGGUUUAUUUGAAUGUUCCCCACGGGUUUGUGGGUUUUGACAAAACCAAGAGUAGGGAGAGGAAGGAUCUAGGGUCGGGGGCUGCUGCCUGCCUGCCUGUACUCCACAAAGUGUCAUAAAUAAAAGAGUUCCUGAAGGAUGGAAUGUUGGUUCCUGAAAUAGUAGAUUUUUUUGAUUUUUUACGUAUAACAUUAUAUUAUUGUUCGUCUUCUUGUAUGUUUGGGAAGUUUUUCACAAGUCUUUUUGCCUGCCAAACAGAGAAUCGGAAAGUUUUGCUGUAAAAAUAUUCUUUGUGAGUAAUAGAACUUGAACUGAGCCCCCGCAUGCUGGUGUAGCCAAUGAGAACAUCAGUGGCUGUAUGCCAGACUCCACGGAUGCCAUUGUGCAGUUUGGCGUGUGGCGCGACCUUGCAGUACUUGCACCGAGCCAUCCAACAUGUUCUAAAAAUAACCGUAGCCAGACAAGUGAAGAAAGCUGAUUGGUGGUCACUAUUGGUGCCUCGGCGCUGUAGGUUUCUACGUUUGGCAAGGCAGACGAGACUUGAUCUUCUUCAUCGUCAUCAUCACCUCUCUCACCACGGGCAGGGUAUAGGCCCCCAACAAACUCUUUUCCAACUUUCUCUAUCUUGGGAUAAUUUUUUGACAUCAUUUCUUGUCUUUCCACUUUUCUGUCCAUUGUUCUCUGUGAAUGGACUCCAGGUUCCUCUUGUACUCGCACGUUAGGCUCAAAGUCCCACCUCUGUCUUUUCUCACUCUGUAAGUGUAGUGUAAGUGUCCACACAAAGUUCUUACCGUCACUGGAAUUUUUAAAAAGUUUUCUUUUCAGAAUUACAUUGUCUCCAUUUUGAAGAAUUUAAACGGUAGAUGGUUGUUAAGUUAAGUUAUAAUGAUAUUUAUUUUUGUUUGUUCUGGAAGUUGAAGGAACUGUGAGUGAGUACGUGUUGGAUGGUUGUUUGUGUCUGUGGGAGUGAAAGACAGUUUGAGUGACUGGUUUCUUGUAUCGCGAUUUGUGCAUGCGUCAGUCUGUUGAUUGCGAUUUGUGUGUGUGUCAAUCUGUUGAGUCUGUGCUGGGCUACCUCAGCAGCUUUAGUUAUGAAGGUGAGAAUGACACUGACUGGCGCUUUGAAAGACGAAUUCGAAGAGAGAGAGAGAGAGAUGCUCAGAUAGAGGUAUAAAAAGAGAGCUCAAAGAAAUAAUAUGUUGAAGAUGAUCUGUUGGAAUAGAGAGUUGUAUCUGAGUGUGAAAGUGAGUGAUCACUGGGGGGCACUCUGCUUCUUCUACUUCCGUUGUUGUCCUGGCAAAAUGUGGCCAUUAUGAGAUUGAUGGAGUCUUGCUUUUUUAACUUUAAAUUAAAGACGAGGUGCUAGGGUUGUUUGUUUUUGUCUUUCUCUGCUGUACUUAUAGCACUUUUAGGUUUGUGUAAGUUUGUGGUGAGAUUUUUCUGUCCCUAUUUAUAGAUUCUGUAUAGAUUGUUGUGUUUCCCCUGGUGCAAUACACAGCCGGGUGUGGAGAGAGAAAGAGGCGGCCAUGUUCAUCUUGGCCGCGUCUCGUUUCUGUCCUCCCAACUCCCAAGUGUUAUUUGUGGAGAUACAAGAUAUUUCUUCUUCUUCGUUCUUAUUCCUUAAGCUUACACGGCAGGCUGGGUUCACGACUUGUUUUGAAAUGUGAAACAAAUCAAACCCUCACAUUUACUUUUACUAUUUUACACAAUUUUUGAAAGAAAAAUUUUUUAUUUUUUUUUACUUGCCAUUUUAUUCUCCUCUUGCAAUGCACUCAGAUUUUUGUGUGUAAGAAUUGAUGAACAAGGAAAGGAUGAUAUAGUAAUAGUAUAGAGUCUGGAUGUGACACGGUCAAAUUUUUGUGUGUGUGAAUGCUUUAUGGUUGCAGAUUACGAGAUACGCACUGUCAAUGUCAUUUUAAAAUUAUUAUUAUGGCUAUUAAAUCGGAUGUAAUACACAGUACA